AUGGUGUCCAGGUACACUGCCCUGAAGAUUCUGGGAAUGAACCCACUGCAUUCGGGCUACUUCUACCAGACUCGCCCAGCUAUGUGCGACUUCCUCUACGGAAACGGCACAAGAGAGAAAGCUAUGAGCAUCUUCCAUGAGUACGAUGCGGCCAUGGAUGAGCCUACCCAACUUAUGUUUGAGGACAUCCUCGAAGAGUUUCCGAAGUCAAAGGUCAUUCUGCCUGUAAUGGACGUGGAAGACUGGUACGUCUCAGAACGGAACUAUUUCAAGGAUUGGGCCUACCCCAUCGAGCACAAGGAGGUCGAAGUGGUAGAGGCCGCGCUGAACAUCUCGUCAAACUUCAGCUACAAAGUUUGGGAUGCAGCCUGGGAGCUGCAGUACAAAUCGGACUUCACUUUGGAUCACUGCUGGGGCUGCCGAUAUUGGGACUGCGCCUUCUACAAAGAGCAGGGUAUGCCGGCCGAACAAAACCAGACAUGCAAGGAUGGUUACCAGGCGCACAUGGACCGGGUGAAGACACAGGUGCCUCCGUCGCGGCUGCUGAUCUUCAACUUCUCGGACGGAUGGGCACCACUUUGCCAUUUUCUGGGAAGGCCCAUUCCAGAGGAGCCCUUCCCUUACACGGACAGGUUCAACAAGGAUACACCGGAUGUGGAAGCGUUGUCGACCAGCUUCCUACAAGACGGCAUCGAGCUUCUUCCCACUUCGCAUGGUAGUGAGCUGUAG